CUCGUGUUGCACUCUGGAGGAAGCGCGCGCCUCUGGAUGAGAAGAACUCAUUCACACAACUCGCACUGCUCGAGCAGCAUCGGGAAGACGCUACAAGUGUCGUUUCUGGAUACAUAUAUCUAUCUUUUAAACCGUCGUGAUUUAUUUCCUUUUCCCGAAGAGACCCAAUGUUGGAUAUAUGUUAAGUCGCGUGGAUAUCCCACAACUAUCCGUAAGAAGGAAUGCAUCUUUUCCUCGUGCAACUAAUUCUUUUGAUAUCAACCAUUACUCUGACGCAAGGCCUGGAAUGUUCGGAAAAAUGUCUGAACGGUGGUACGUGUGAACUUAAUCCAGAUGGGAAAGGAGAAUGCAAGUGUCCCGAUCAGUAUGCCGGGUCAGCGUGCCAAUUUCGCAACCCCUGCUUCCAAUCGCCAUGCAGACACGGCGCCACGUGCCGUCUGCUUACUCAGGGUAACAAGGUGGACUUCGUCUGCAACUGUCCGUUGGGCUACAGAGACCGACUGUGCCUCACCCCCACCGAAAACGUGUGCCUUAACUCGCCGUGCCGAAACGGAGGCACCUGCGAACUCACCAGCCUCCAUAAUUACAAGUGUAAAUGCCCACCGGGCUGGUCAGGUAAAAACUGCCAUCAAGCAGAUCCUUGUGCCUCAAACCCAUGUGCCAACGGCGGUCAGUGCAGUACCUUCGACUCCGACUACAUCUGUCACUGCACGCCCUUCUUCUCGGGCCAAACGUGCAAGCAAGACGUCAACGAGUGCGCCCAGAAUCCGUCGCCCUGCAAAAACGGUGGAACUUGUGAAAACGAAGUGGGGACGUACCGCUGCGGCUGCCCGGCCGAGUACACGGGGAGACAUUGCGAGACCCUCUAUCAGCCCUGCAACCCCUCACCGUGCCUCCACGGGGGCACCUGCGUACAGAAGGGCGAAACCAGCCAUGAGUGUUCCUGUUUGCCAGGUUUCAGCGGUCAGAACUGUGAGGAGAAUAUAGACGACUGCCCGGACCACCAGUGUCUGAAUGGAGGAACCUGUGUGGAUGGAGUGAACACAUACAACUGCCAGUGCAAGCCAGAGUGGACAGGUCAGUUCUGUACCGAAGAUGUCAACGAGUGUGACUUGAUGCCCAAUUCCUGUCAGAACGGUGGGACGUGUUUGAACACGCAGGGUGGAUACAACUGCGUCUGUGUGAAUGGCUGGACCGGAGACGACUGCAGUGAGAACAUCGACGACUGCGCAGACGCAGCGUGCCAUGCAGGAGCUACGUGUCAUGAUCGGGUGGCGUCCUUCCUAUGCGAAUGCCCGCAUGGGCGCACAGGUUUGCUGUGUCACUUGAAUGAUGCUUGUAUUAGUAAUCCCUGUCAAAAAGGCUCCAAUUGUGAUACCAAUCCAGUCAAUGGCAAGGCCAUCUGUACCUGUCCUCUUGGUUAUGUCGGCCCAGCCUGUGACCAAGACGUUGAUGAAUGCUCGCUGGCAGGUGCAAACCCUUGUGAGCACGCUGGAAAAUGUAUCAACACGAAAGGUUCUUUUCAGUGUAAAUGUCAGUCGGGAUACGUGGGAGCUCGAUGUGAAAUCGACAUAAACGAGUGCAUGUCGAGCCCCUGCCAGAACGAGGCUACUUGUUUGGAUCAAAUCGGAGGCUUUCAUUGCAUCUGUAUGCCAGGGUACGAGGGAGUCUUCUGUCAGAUCAAUAUCGAUGAGUGCGCCAACAUGCCCUGCCUCAACAAUGGGAAGUGCGUCGAUAAGAUCAACAGCUACCAAUGCGAGUGCCCGACAGGAUUUUCUGGUAGCCAAUGCCAGUUCGACAUCGACGAGUGUGCAAGCACCCCCUGUAAAAAUGGGGCCAAAUGUAUUGAUGGGCCAAACUCGUACACCUGCCAGUGCACAGAAGGUUACACCGGACAGCAUUGUGAAACAGACAUAGACGAGUGUCUCUCAAACCCAUGUCAUUAUGGCACCUGUAAAGACGGCCUGGCGUCCUUUACUUGUUUCUGCCGUGCGGGCUACACCGGCCGAAUAUGCGAGACCAACAUUAAUGAAUGCCUCAGUCAGCCCUGCCAAAACGGAGGGACCUGUCAAGACCGGGAGAACGCCUACUUUUGCGUUUGUCCCAAAGGAACUGAAGGUGUUAACUGUGAGGUUAAUGUAGAUGACUGCAAGAGCAACCCUUGUGAUUAUGGAAGGUGCAUUGACAAGAUCAACGGGUACGAGUGCGCCUGUGAACCAGGAUACACAGGAAAAAUGUGUAAUUUCAACAUUGAUGACUGUGCCAUCAAUCCCUGUCGCAAUGGUGGAACGUGCGUUGAUGGAGUCAAUGGAUUUACGUGUUUAUGCAGAGAGGGCUACCAUGACACCACCUGUCAAUCACAGCUCAACGAAUGCCUCAGCAACCCUUGUAUUCAUGGACGCUGUGCGGACAAAGUCAAUGGCUAUAAUUGUAUUUGUGACUCGGGCUGGAGCGGUGUCAACUGUGACAUCAACAACAAUGAAUGUGAAUCCAACCCGUGUAUGAACGGAGGCACCUGUAAGGAUAUGACCAGCGGAUAUGUCUGCACGUGUCGCGCUGGCUUCAGUGGUCCGAACUGCCAAACUAACAUCAAUGAAUGUGCCUCCAAUCCUUGCUUGAAUCAGGGAAACUGUAUGGAUGACGUUGCUGGAUACAAAUGCAGCUGUUUGCUACCUUACACUGGUGAAAACUGUGAGACCCUGUUGGCCCCAUGCAGCCCAAACCCUUGUAAAAAUGGAGGUGUUUGCAGAGAGUCCGAAAACUACGAGAGCUUCUCCUGCGUGUGUCCGGAAGGAUGGCAAGGCCAGACAUGCGAGAUCGACAUCAACGAAUGCGUCAAAAACCCUUGUCGAAAUGGCGCCACCUGUCAGAACUCCGUUGGCAGCUACAAAUGCAGCUGCAAGUCGGGCUACACGGGCCGCAAUUGCGAGACGGACAUCGAUGACUGCAAACCCAAUCCCUGCAGUAACGGAGGAUUUUGCAAAGAUGCCGUUAAUGCGUUCACCUGCACCUGCCUGCCUGGUUUCCGCGGCAACAGAUGCGAGGAGGACAUCAACGAAUGUGAGAGCAACCCGUGUAAAAACGGCGCAAACUGCACAGAUUGCGUAAACAGUUACACCUGCACCUGUCCGCCCGGCUUUAGCGGGAUACACUGUGAGAAUAACACACCAGACUGUGCUGAGAGCUCUUGUUUUAAUGGAGGCACCUGCGUUGAUGGCAUCAACAGCUUUACCUGUCUAUGCCCCAAGGGCUUCACGGGCAACUACUGCCAACAUGACAUCAACGAGUGCGAUUCCAGACCCUGUAUGAACGGAGGCACCUGUCAGGACAGCUAUGGCACAUACAAGUGCACCUGCCCACAGGGCUACCAGGGUCUCAACUGCCAGGAGCUGGUGAACUGGUGUAAACCAUCUCCCUGUAAGAAUGGAGGUACCUGUAGGCAAAGUGGCACCAGGUACAGCUGCCAAUGUCAGACGGGCUGGACCGGUCUUUACUGCGACGUCCCCAGCGUAUCUUGUGAAGUGGCUGCCAAACAGCAGGGAGUCGAGGUGGCACGGCUGUGCCGUAACUCCGGCCAGUGUCUGGAUGCUGGAAGCACACACUACUGUCACUGUCAGGCCGGAUACACGGGCAGCUAUUGUGAAGAACAGGUGGAUGAAUGCAUUCCCAAUCCCUGCCAGAACGGAGCAACCUGUACAGACUACCUGGGCGACUAUUCUUGUGAAUGUGUGCCAGGUUAUCAUGGAGUGAACUGUUCCAUUGAGAUCAAUGAGUGCCUUUCUCAGCCCUGCCAGAACGGAGGCACAUGCAUCGACCUGAUCAAUACCUACAAAUGCUCCUGUCCACGGGGAACACAAGGUGUUCAUUGCGAGAUCAACAUCGACGACUGCACACCCUUUACCGACCCUAUCACACAAGAGCCCAAGUGCUUUAACCAGGGCCGAUGUGUGGACAAAGUUGGUGGAUACCACUGCAUAUGCCUGCCGGGAUAUGUGGGUGAACGCUGCGAGGGAGACGUCAACGAAUGUUUGUCCAACCCUUGUGACCCUCGGGGUACACACAGCUGCACACAGCUCACGAACAACUACCGCUGCGAGUGUCGUACCGGCUACACGGGUCAGCGCUGUGAUAAAGUGUUUGAUGGGUGUAAGGGAAAGCCAUGUCGGAACGGAGGCACAUGUGCUGUGGCCAGUAACACACCUAAUGGCUUUAUCUGUAAAUGUCCACCGGGUUUUACGGGCUCAACCUGUGACUACGACGCCCAUGCCUGUGGGAGCCUUCACUGUAAAAAUGGCGGCACGUGUGUUUCCGGUAACAAGAGUCCUAAAUGUUUAUGCACCCCUGCCUUUACUGGUCCCGAAUGUCAGUAUCCCUCAGAAGGACAGUGCACUAAUAACCCCUGCUACAAUGGCGGCACCUGCGAGUACAUCACUGAGGCUCCAUAUUACCACUGCGUCUGUCCCAAAGGCUUCAAUGGACUUUUCUGCCACAUCCUGGACCACAGCUUUCCUGGUGGCACCGGGCGAGACAUCACACCUGCUCCGGAUGUCAAGGUCAGCUGCGAGAUAGCGGAGUGCCUGAACAAGAAAGCCAAUAAGAUUUGCGAUAGCGCUUGUAAUAAUUACGCCUGCGAUUGGGACGGAGGGGACUGCUCGCUGAACUUCAUGGAUCCGUGGCAGAACUGCUCGGGCGCGCUGCAAUGCUGGCUCUAUUUUAAUAACGGGAAGUGCGAUGAACAGUGUCACAACGCCGGAUGCCUCUAUGAUGGCUUUGACUGCCAAAGACUAGAAGGCCAGUGCAAUCCACUUUACGACCAAUACUGUAAAGAUCAUUAUGCGGAUGGCCACUGUGACCAGGGCUGCAAUAACGCUGAAUGCGAGUGGGACGGACUGGAUUGCAACAGAAACGUUCCCGAGAAGUUAGCCGCCGGAGUCUUGGUUCUCGUGGUGCACAUUAUGCCGGAGCAGCUUCGAAACAACUCUUUCGGGUUUCUGCGGGAGCUCAGCCGGGUGCUGCACACCAACGUGGUUUUCCAGCGUGACAGCAAGGGAGAAAUCAUGAUUUACCCAUAUUACGGGAACGAGCAGGAACUGAGAAAACACAAAAUUAAACGCUCUGUGGACGACGCUUCUGGUGACAUCCUGACCUCUGUGAAAAACGGUGUUUAUAAUAUUGUCGUGGAGGGAGGGAGAAAGCGCAGAGAGCUGGACAGCAUGCAGAUCAAAGGCUCUGUGGUGUAUCUGGAGAUCGACAACCGUCAAUGCUACCAGCAGACCUCCGAGUGCUUCCAGAGUGCCAACGAUGUGGCGGCCUUCCUCGGAGCUUUGGCUUCUAGAGGGAACCUGAACGUGCCUUAUUACAUCGAGACUGUCACAAGCAGGAUCGAGGAGCCACCCGUAGAGCUCUACCCAGUGUACGUGGUCCUGGCGGGAUUGGCGCUGUUGGCCUUUGUGGCCGUGGGAAUGGUCGCCUCUCGUAAGCGACGACGCGAACAUGGCCAGCUCUGGUUUCCGGAGGGUUUCAAGACUAGCGAGCCGAGCAAGAAGAAGAGGAGAGAGCCGGUCGGCGAAGACUCCGUUGGUCUGAGGCCACUAAAAAACUCUUCAGACAUUUCAUUAAUGGAUGACAACCUGAAUGAAUGGGGCGAAGAAGAAACAUCAGACACUAAACGCUUCAGGUCUGAGGUGCAGGCGAUGCUGGAGUUAGAUGAUCAGACUGAUCACCGCCAGUGGACGCAGCAGCAUCUGGACGCAGCUGAUCUGCGCAUCCCCUCUAUUGCCCCCACACCCCCUCAGGGCGAGAUAGAGAACGACUGCAUGGACGUCAACGUCCGGGGACCAGAUGGCUUUACCCCUCUCAUGAUCGCCUCGUGCAGUGGCGGAGGUCUCGAAACCGGAAACAGCGAGGAAGAAGAAGACGCCUCAGCCAACGUCAUCAAUGACUUCAUUUACCAAGGCGCCAACCUUCACAACCAGACGGAUCGUACGGGUGAGACCGCCCUGCAUCUGGCUGCCCGCUACGCCCGCUCCGAUGCCGCCAAAAGACUUCUGGAGGCCAGCGCAGACGCAAACAUCCAAGACAACAUGGGACGAACUCCGCUACACGCAGCCGUGGCUGCAGAUGCGCAGGGAGUUUUCCAGAUUCUGAUUCGUAACCGUGCCACAGACCUGGAUGCCCGCAUGCACGACGGCACCACGCCUCUGAUACUGGCAGCAAGAUUGGCAGUGGAGGGCAUGGUGGAGGAACUCAUUAACUGCCACGCUGAUGUCAACGCUAUUGAUGACUUCGGUAAAUCUGCUUUGCAUUGGGCAGCUGCUGUAAAUAAUGUUGAAGCUGCUUUGGUGUUGCUAAAGAAUGGCGCCAAUAAAGACAUGCAAAACAAUAAGGUAAGAACGCCGCUGUUUUUGGCAGCGAGGGAGGGAAGCUACGAGACGGCCAAAGUCCUGCUUGAGCAUUUCGCGAACCGAGAGAUCACCGACCACAUGGACCGUCUACCGCGAGACAUCGCUCAGGAAAGAAUGCACCACGACAUCGUGCGACUCGUCGACGAGUACAACCUGGUCCGCAGCCCUCCCAUGCACAACCCGUCGCUCUGCACCACCUUGUCGCCGCCCCUCUGCUCUCCCAACUCCUUCAUGGGCGGCAUGAAACCCGCCGUCCAAAACAAAAAACCCAGAAAGCCCAGCGCGAAAGGCAUGGGGUGCAAGGACGGCAAAGACAUGAAGUCAAGAAGAAAAAAGACGCAGGACGGGAAGGGAAACUUGUUAGACAGCUCGGCUGUGCUCUCCCCGGUGGACUCCCUGGAGUCGCCCCACGGUUACAUAUCAGACGUUUCCUCCCCGCCCCUGAUGACAUCACCCUUCCAGCAAUCACCGCUUAAUCACUUACAAGGAAUCUCAGACGCUCACAUGGGCGUCAGCCACAUGGGUUUGGGCACCAAGCAAGACCUGGCCCACAUGCAGUUUGACCCGCUACCCCCGCGCCUCACCCAUCUGCCAGUGGCCGGCUCCAACGGAUCGUCCGGUAUGAACGGCCAGUGCGAAUGGCUCGGUCGGAUACACGGCAGCAUGGGUCAGCCGAAUCAGUUCGGAGCCAUGAGGAACCCCUCGGGGGUUCAGCACGGUCUCAUGACGUCUCUCCACAACGGCCACCCCACCGCCACGCUGUCUCAGAUGAUGAACUACCAAGGCAUGCAGAACACGCACCUGACCACGCAACCGCAUUUAAUGCACAUGCAACAGAGACAGCAGCACCAGAGUUCCAAUCCACCCGGCGUGGUGAACCAGAACUUCAUUAGCAGCGAGUUGGGUGCACCGGAGCUCCAGCAGAGCUCGGGUAACAGCAUGCCCAUCCACACCAUCAUCCCCCAGGAGACCCAACUGCUCAACCCGUCCUCUCUGAAUCCCAACAUGGCCGGCACGCAGUUCCUAACGCCGCCGUCCCAGCACAGUUACUUGGCCCCUAUGGAGGGCAACACACCCAACCACCAACUCCAAGUGCCCGACCAUCCUUUCCUCACGCCCUCGCCGGGUUCACCCGACCAGUGGUCCAGCUCUUCGCCCCAUUCCAACAUGUCCGACUGGUCCGAGGGUAUUUCCAGUCCUCCCACCAGCAUGCAGUCGCAAAUCGGACACAUACCCGAGCAGUUCAAAUAGAUUUUUUUUGUUUAAAGCGCACGCUUUUAUAAGUCUGUUCACUGAAGGUUCUUUUAUAUGCCUAUGUUACUAACCAUAUAUUUUUUUUUAAUUUAUUGACAUUUUUUUAUUUAUACUUUCGCUUCAGUUUGGGCAAAAUGUUUUAAUAAUUACUGUAAAAUGAAGUUAAAUUUUUAAAAUGUAAUGCUUUUGUGAGCAGUAUGUACACACUGGGUAUUUAUUGGUCUUAAAAUUUGCCUAAAAUUUAUUUCAUUUAAUGAUUGGCGGUCGUUUAAUUAUAUUGCAUAUGUAAAAGCACAAAUUCUUGUAUGGGCAUUUUUUUUUACAACAAACUUCAGUGUUAUUAUUUUUAUUAGGUUUGUGUCUGAAAUAAGCUGCUUUUCCGUUAUUAGAAGAUAAACGAUGUUCACGUCAUUUCCGGUCUGGUUGGGUUCUCAUUUUUUCUUCUUACAUUUGUAUAGUUCAUUAAUCUUUCUUUUUACGAUGUAUUAAAUGCCUGCAAAUGCAUUGCAGAUUCCUAAACGUUCGCUAAUCGUGGAACGAAGAUCUGAGGAAAUACUUGAUGUUGUCUUGUAUGAAUCAGGCGCGAUAUCAAGUGGGUCACGUGACCAAAUGUUUCUGGGGUUUUAUGGAGGUGUUUCAAAUUGAACUUCUCUUCUCUGUACUUCCAGUUUUGUAACUUUGUUUAAGCCUAUGGCUGCUGUAAAUAGAUACACACUGUAUGCGUUUGUCAUGUAAACAACAUUGAUUUUGUUUCAGAAAUCUUGCGCGUGCCAUUGAAAUUGAAAUAUUUGACGUAGUUACGUUUUCUAUCAUACGCAAAUCGUAUAUUUUUCUCAGUGUCACUGGGGUAGAGACGAUUAUAAGAGAUGUAUAGCGAAUGGUUAGAGGAUAUACCUUAUAAAAUAACGUAAUAAGAUGAUUUAUGACGUCACUAUUUAUUGACCAGUAGUUCAAUAAAAGCACAAAAUCAGAAGCGGUCGCUAUAAGGGACGUGGUGGUGUCAUAUAUUAUCCUCUUUAAAAAAAAUCAUAAAAAAUGAUUUUACUGCAAUAUAAACAGCACUGAUUAUACAAUAUCUGUAAAUGUUACCUAUCUGUAAAUGUGUAGUUUACACACAGAGGUUUUUUCUGUCGUUCAACUGUUUGUAAAUGUUUCUUUGAAUAAUAAAAGAUACCACUGUGUAUUGAGAUUUCAGUCUCUUGUUGUGUUGUAUUUCCCAAAGCCUUUUCUGCAUUCUUUUAUACUGUAGUUUUAUAUAAUGGACCGUUUUCUUAUUCAUCCUCAUACCCAAUUUGAAUGUAUGGUUAAAAAUUUUAAACAUUUGCUAUUCGUGUUUAUGAUGUAUAAAUAAAUGCAUAGCUUUUGCUUUACCUUUA